CCGGGGACGGGCCGGGGACGGGCCGUGCCGGGCGGCCCCGCGGGCACCGGCGGCGAUGGCGCCGCGGCUGCAGCUGGAGAAGGCGGCGUGGCGCUGGACCGAGACGGUGCCGCCCGAGGCGGUGGCGCAGGAGCACAUCGAGGCGGCCUAUCGCGUCCGGCUGGAGCCCUGCCAGCGCGGAGCCUGCCGGAGGAACUGCCGGGGGAACCCCAACUGCCUGGUGGGCAUCGGGGAGCACGUGUGGCUGGGCGAGAUCGACGAGAACAGCUUCCACAACAUCGACGACCCCAACUGCGAGCGCCGCAAGAAGAACGCCUUCGUGGGCCUGACCAACCUGGGGGCCACGUGCUACGUGAACACCUUCCUGCAGAUGUGGUUCCUGAACCUGGAGCUGCGCCAGGCGCUCUACCUGUGUCCCAGCGCCUGCAGCGACGGCGUCCCCAAGGACACAGACUACGAGCCCCAGAGUAUCUGUGAGCACCUGCAGUACCUGUUUGCGCUGCUGCAGAACAGCAAACGGCGCUACAUCGACCCCUCGGCCUUCGUCAAGGCCCUGGGGCUGGACACGGCCCAGCAGCAGGAUGCCCAGGAGUUUUCCAAGCUGUUCAUGUCCCUACUGGAAGAUACUUUAUCCAAACAGAAAAACCCAGAUGUCAGGAACAUCGUGCAGAAGCAGUUCUGUGGAGAGUAUGCCUAUGUCACUGUCUGCAACCAGUGUGGCAGAGAAUCCAAACUGGUGUCCAAAUUUUACGAGCUGGAGUUAAACAUCCAAGGACACAAACAGCUGACAGACUGUAUAACAGAAUUCCUCAAGGAAGAAAAAUUAGAAGGGGACAAUCGUUACUUUUGUGAGACUUGUCAGAGCAAGCAGAAUGCCACGAGGAAGAUCCGCCUGCUCAGCCUGCCCUGCACCCUCAACCUGCAGCUCAUGCGCUUCGUGUUCGACAGGCAAACUGGUCACAAGAAGAAGCUGAACACCUACAUUGGCUUCUCGGAGCUGCUGGACAUGGAGCCUUUCAUGGAGCAGAAAAAUGGUGUGUACGUGUACGAGCUGAGCGCCGUCCUCAUCCACCGCGGCGUCAGCGCCUACUCCGGCCACUACAUCGCCCACGUCAAGGACCCGCAGACGGGCGAGUGGUACAAGUUCAACGACGAGGACAUCGAGAAGAUGGAGGGCAAGAAGCUGCAGCUGGGCAUUGAGGAAGAUCUAGCGGAGCCGUCGAAAUCCCAGACUCGGAAGCCCAAGUGUGGGAAGGGCACCCACUGCUCCCGGAAUGCCUACAUGCUGGUGUACAGGCUGCAGGCCAGGGAGAAAUCCCUCACUGUCGAGGUGCCAGCUUUCCUGCAGGAGCUGGUGGAGAGGGAUAACUGCAAGUUUGAGGAGUGGUGCAACGAGAUGGCCGAGAUGCGCAAGCAGAGCGUGGCCAGGGGGAAGAUCAAACACGAGGAGGUGAAGGAGCUCUACCAAAGGUUACCCGCCGAAGCUGGUUCCCCCUACGACUUCAUCUCUCUGGAAUGGCUGCAGAAAUGGCUGGAUGAGUCCACUCCUCCCAAACCUAUCGACAACACGGCCUGCCUGUGCUCCCAUGGCAAACUCCAUCCCGAUAAAAUAUCCCUGAUGAAGAGGAUUUCGGAAUACGUGGCCGACUUCUUCUACCGCCGCUACGGGGGAGGGCCCCGGCUCAACGUCAAAGCACUUUGCAAGGACUGUGUGGUGGAAAGGUGUCGAAUCCUGCGGCUCAAAAACCAGCUGAACGAAGACUACAAAACCGUGACCAACCUGCUGAAGGUCACAGUCAAGGGGAACGACGGGUUUUGGGUAGGAAAAACCUCUCUGAGGAGCUGGCGGCAGCUGGCUCUGGAGCAGCUGAAUGAGCAAGAUGAAGAUGCAGAGCACAGUAAUGGCAAAAUGAAUGGAAAUGCACAAAACAAAGAUGAAUCAAACGAAGAGAAGAGGGAGGAGGAAGAGGAGUUAAAUUUUAAUGAAGACAUCGUUUGCCCACAUGGUGACCUGUGCAUCUCCGAGAACGAGCGCAGGGUGGUUUCCAAGGAAGCCUGGGAGAAGCUCAAGCAAUAUUUCCCAAAAGCCCCCGAAUUCCCAAACAACAAAGAGUGCUGUUCCCAGUGCAAGAUUCUGGAGCGUGAAGGGGAGGAAAGCGAAGCGCUGCAUAAGAUGAUGGCCAGUGAGCAGAAGACUUCUCUCCAGAACCUGUUCCAUGACAAAUGCAGGCCUUGCCUGGGCAGUUGGCCUCAGGAGACAGAUGAGCUGUACAUUGUUUCGCAGUACUUUGUAGAAGAAUGGAGGAAAUUUGUCAGGAGGCCGACGCGCUGCAGCCCCGUGUCCUCCAUAGCCAACAGUAUCCUGCUCUGCCCCCACGGGGGGCUCAUGUUCACCUUCGCUUCCGUGACCAAAGAAGACUCCAAACAUAUAGCUCUGAUAUGGCCCAGCGAGUGGGAGAGGAUCCAAAAGCUCUUCGUGGUGGAUCACGUCAUCAAGAUCACCCGGACGCAGGGGCCCGAGGGCACCCGCUACACCUCGGAGCCCCAGCUGUGCCCGGAGUGCCGGGAAGGGCUCCUGUGCCAGCAGCAGCGGGACCUGCGCGAGUACACCCAGGCCACGGUGUACGUGCACAAAGUGGUGGAUAACAAAAAGGUGAUGAAGGACGCGGCUCCGGAGCUGAACGUGAGCAGCUCGGAGGCUGAAGAGGAAAGGGAGGAAAACAAGCCAGAGGGGGAGCAGGACCCCGAUUUUAACCAGGCCAACGGCGGCACGAAACGCCAGAAGCUCUCCCAGCAGAGCUACAUCACCUACCAAAAACAGGGAAUCAGGAGGAGCACCCGGCACAGGAAGGUCCGAGGGGAGAAGGCCCUGCUGGUGUCGGCCAACCAGACCCUGAAAGAACUGAAAAUACAGAUCAUGCACGCCUUCUCCGUGGCCCCCUUCGACCAGAACCUGUCCAUCGACGGCAAAAUCCUGAGCGACGACACGGCCACGCUGGGCAGCCUGGGCGUCAUCCCUGAGUCCGUCAUCCUGCUCAAGGCUGAUGAGCCCAUCGCGGAUUACGCGGCGAUGGACGACGUUAUGCAAGUUUGUAUGCCUGAAGAGGGAUUUAAAGGGACUGGUUUACUCGGCCACUGAUGGUUUUCCAAGAGGAGCGACCCGAAGGGAAGAGGAUGUGGGACGUGGUAGGGCAUUCAAAGCAUACAAAAAAAAACCAAAAAAAAAAAAAAAAAAAAAAAAGAAAACAAAAAAAAAAAAAAAAAAAAAAGGUGGAUCCGGGACUUUGUGACUCUUCCAGGAGGCAGGAAAAACCCCGAGCGAGGCGUGUGCUCCCCACAGCAAACCAAACCAAUGCCUUAUGUCAAAGCAGAUUGCACUGAAGGACAUCCCUGCUCCAGGAGAGCCGGCCCGGGGCUGGCAAAUAAACAACAGCGAGGUUGGGAACUUGAGCAGCAGUCGGUGUGUUCGGGGCGAGGGGGUGUCCAGUGAUCCCGUAGAUCCCAACCCUCCUGCUCCAUCCUCCUCUCUCUGGGAUAACCCCGUCUCUGAUCCACUGUCAGGCCCACUUGGAAGUGGCAGGAGUUGGGACUGGGUGAGGAAUGUCUGGCGCACACACACACAACAAAAUCUUCAUUGGUUUCACCCCAAAUGGGAGCUGGGAUCUGCUUCCCAAACCUUCCCCUCUCCGCAUCCCUCCGCCACUUCCACACCUUGGAUGAUCCAGGAGCCACCUGGGCUCUGGGAACUGGGUUUUUUGUUUGGGUUUUUUUUUUGUUAUUUGGGGUGUUUUAGUGACUCUGGAGAACAUUUUCUUCUGGGAGUGCUUGGGACAGCCGGAGCCAGCGGGAGGGUGCAGGUGGGAGGUGAUUCCCAUGGGAAGAGGGUUUUUUUCCCCCCCCCUUAUCCUCAUUUUUCAGCAAUGCACUAAUUUUUUUUGUUUUUUUUUUCUUUUAACAUCUCCCAGCAAGGAUUUCUCCCCAUUAGUAUUUAGCAGGAACUAUCCCAUUUCCAGACUGAUCCAUAACAGACACUGCCAAGGGAUCUCUGUCCCAGCGCGGUUCCCGAUGCCGUUCCAGGUUUCCUCUUCCUUUCCAGCCUUUUCCCUUGUUUCCCUGGAAAAACACGACAUGGAGAUCACUCAGUUUUAUUUUGUCAAGGUUUGUGGGAAUUUGGGAUGCAAGAAGAGGGACGAGGGGCACAAAUCCCACCCCCCAAAACCCCACUAGUUUUGAUUUCCAAGGUUUGAUUUCCAAGGUUUUAUCCCGAGAAUUCCAGCUGUUCUUUGCCAAACCCCCUCUCCCCUGUCCCUGCUGGAUCUGGGGGUGAAGCAGCACCAUUUGAGGGGUUCUAAAGCUUUUAGGAAGUGGGUUUUUUGGGGCAGUUUGGAUUCUUUCCCAAGGUACAGACAUGAGGAAUUCCAUGUGCCGAAGCCACAGGAGGUUUUUUUCUUCCCAGCCUGAAGCACUCACUUGUGUACAUAUUCCUUGGAAAUUCCAUCUUUUCAAGUUGCUGUUCAUUUUUUUUAAUGUUAUAUAUAUAUAUAUAUAUAUAAAAACCACCACAAAAAUCUCUUCCUUGAGCUUAUCCUGUUGUGGGAAGGGAUCCUGGGGAGCCCUGGGGGUGUUCCGGGGCCGCGGCGGUUCCGGCAGCGCCGGAUCCUCCGGAGGACUGCAGGUCCCAGGUGUGAUCCCAGGGCCCCGUUCCCGUUCUGUCUGUUAUUUGCAAAUAUUAUCGGAUUAAAGUUGUCAUUGGAGCCGUG